CGCCGGACUGAGGCCUACUCCGUCGUCUCUCAGUGCUAUUGUCCCUGGGCCCGGCCCUGACCGGGCCCACCGGGGAGGCGAGUGCUCCGGCUCCGCGGAAGAUGCCGGACCAAGCCCUACAGCAGAUGCUGGACAGGUGGAGGAGGAGGCAUUUUUUGGAUAACCAUAAGAUAGCAUGAAGUCCCAGACAGCUUGCCUGAGAAGUUGCUGGGUGUGUUUUGCCACUGAUGAAGAUGAUAGAACAGCUGAAUGGGUGAGACCAUGCAGAUGCAGAGGAUCUACAAAAUGGGUUCACCAGGCUUGUCUACAGCGCUGGGUGGAUGAAAAACAAAGAGGAAACAGUACAGCGAGAGUGGCAUGUCCUCAGUGCAAUGCUGAAUACUUAAUAGUUUUUCCAAAGUUGGGUCCAGUUGUUUACGUCUUGGAUCUUGCAGACAGACUGAUCUCAAAAGCCUGUCCAUUUGCUGCAGCAGGAAUAAUGGUUGGCUCUAUCUAUUGGACAGCUGUGACUUACGGAGCUGUGACAGUGAUGCAGGUUGUAGGCCAUAAAGAAGGUCUGGAUGUUAUGGAGAGAGCUGAUCCUUUGUUCCUUUUAAUUGGACUUCCUACCAUCCCUGUCAUGCUGAUAUUAGGCAAGAUGAUUCGCUGGGAAGACUAUGUGCUUAGACUAUGGCGCAAAUAUUCAAAUAAACUACAAAUUUUGAACAGUAUAUUUCCAGGGAUUGGCUGUCCUGUUCCUCGAAUUCCAGCUGAGGCUAAUCCUUUAGCAGAUCAUGUCUCUGCCACCCGAAUUUUGUGUGGAGCCCUUGUCUUUCCUACUAUUGCGACAAUAGUUGGUAAACUAAUGUUCAGUAGCGUUAACUCUAAUUUACAAAGGACAAUCUUGGGUGGAAUUGCUUUUGUUGCCAUUAAAGGAGCAUUCAAGGUGUAUUUCAAACAGCAGCAAUAUUUACGUCAGGCACAUCGCAAAAUUCUAAAUUAUCCAGAGCAAGAAGAAGCAUAAAACUGACUUCUCGUUGUUCUGCAGUCCUCUCAUCCUUAUGAGUCUGUUGUUUUGAUUCCAUCAUUAAUGCCCAGUAGUGGAGACUUGUGAUAAGCUGCUGCUCUCGUAUUUUUAAGAAAUAUAAUAAAGCACUUAGGGCAGGGGAAACCCUCUCAGUAAUCACGGAGCCUAAGGCUGUGAUUGGUUGUCCUUGUUCUGUACGUGCUGCUUUUAUGGCAGUCAUCUGAACCGUUCGUUAUCUUAGCGUGGUGAGCCUGAGUUUUGUUCUUAUUUUCUCCAGACAGAAAUGUAAAGAUCAAACCGUGCAAAUAUUUAAAAAUGCACAUGUUGUUUUAUUCAAAUGCCUCUUUUGUACAUGUUCAUGUUCAGUGUUUUCUUAGAAUCAGCAACUCAAUGAAGGUACUAUGAGGAUUUUUCUCACUGGCAUAAUUUGAUUACAAGCUAAACAGAAAUCUAUGUUAAUAUGAGGAAAUGUAAAUUAAAUUAGUUAUAAAUAAAUAACAAACCAAAAAUAUAUGUAAACAUUCAAAUGAUUAUCUGAACAAAUGCAAUUUUGUUGUGUUUUUCUUAACCCAUGUGAUGUCCUCCAAAAUGUGUAGGGUAAAAAUUCACAGGGCUUCCAGAUCACUUUUUCACUAUUAAAUUUUAUUUAUAUAAUGUUGACAUCUCAUAAUUCAUAAUGUGAUUUUGACUCAUGCAGUCUUAAUUACUGUCUGUGUGUGGGGUAUAUGUGUGUGUGAGAGAGAGAGAGAGUCAGUCAUCAGGUCCUUCCAUUACUGGAGUAAGGUUUUUAAAUUCAUGUUUCUAGAAAUUAGAGCUGCCAGUUUAUAGUAGUUUGAGCACAGAGAAUGAUUUGCAAAAAAUCAAUAAAGUUAUUUUCCUCUCCUCUCUCAUUGAUUCAGUUAUUCAGGUGUUACUCUCCUACUUGCCCAGGCACUGUGUGGUGCUGUGGGAUACAGUGGCGAACAAGACAGACUUGGUUCCUGCUUUUAUGUAGUUUACAGUCUAGGUUUCAACAAAAAGAAAACCAGCAGUGAGUAAACCAAGGUGAGGCCUUGAGCUCUUUUGUUUUUAUAUUAGUCAGUGAAGAGAUAAUUAUGAAAACGAAGAAGUCUUGAGUAAAUAUUAAGGUCAUUGUUUGGGGCUUGUCAGUUUAAGAAAAAAAUAAUACUAAUGCUUAAAAUUUUAAUUGCUUGUCAUAUUGAGGCUAGCACCUUAAUAAUCACUGUUAAACUAGUCUUACAUUCAUUUUUCAAAAGCAGUUAUCUGAAGAUGUUUUCAGUAGUGGCCCUUUUAACGUUCAGCAAUCUGAAUGAUCUUGCAGUUCUUUUCAUGAAUUAAUAUUAAAUUUUUUAAAGAUAGCUCCAAAAAUCCUAUUUAUUUUCUUGUUCACAGUAUCUAAUGCAUGACAAUAUAAACAUUUUUCCCUUACUGAUAAAUGGCCACUUCUCUUUAGGAGUAUCAAGCUAUGUUAGAUUGCAAUAAUGUAUGUUAACUUUAGUAAUUUAAGACUGGUACCUUUCUGUAGUAUGAAUGUCUUAACUGAGUUUUAACAUGAAGUUUCUAUGAAUGGCUAGUGAACAUUCAAAGUUGUAAUUCUUUGGGGAGGAAGGGCAUGUGUGAUGGACAGUGAGCCUUAUUGACAACACUGCUACGGUUCUGAAGGGGAAAUAUAAAAUCUAUGAUUGUAUAUAAAAAUAACUUAGAUUAGAUAGCUGUAAUUAUAAGAUAAGUUGGCUUUUCUUUAAUUGUCAAUGUGAAAAAACAUGUUAGAUAUUUCCUGAAUAACUUUGUUAUAUAGAACAGCUUCUGGCAGCCUUUACUGAAGUUACACAAGCACACAGUUCCCCGUUUACUACUUUUUGCCCCAAAUAGGGAGGUAGCUGCUUGGGCUGAUUUGCAUCAGGGCUUGUGAGGGCCAGAGAAACAACUCAAAUCCUGAAGGGGCAAGGAGGGGGAGUGUCUAGGGCUGUGGGGAGGGAAUGUGCGUGCCUGGGGACCAGAGUGGCCUCAGCCCUGGAACUGAACACUUGAAUCUUAAGAUCCUUAGCUCAAGAAGCACCAUGCACCAGUCUCUUCAGAAAGUGGCCCGCACCACCUUGAAGCAACAAAAGCACGGGCUGACUGAAGUUGCUGGACCUGGGUUCGAAUGCUAAUUCUGCUUUAACUGUACUUAGGACUUCGGCCAAGUGACUCAGCUACAGUUCUCUUCACCUCUGAAAUACAAGUAGUCCUUAUCUCAGAAGGCUAUUUCUAGGAUUAACUGAGAAAUUAAAGGAACAGAGGCACUUUAAGCUCAAAAUAGCCCUACAGAGCAGUAGUUUCUUAAUUGUUAAAGUCUCUUCAGACACUAGGAAAAGGGAAUGAGGAGGUAAAAGAGUCAUUAGGAGACAGAUCAAAGGGAUGCUGUAGACUUUUGGGAUGGGUGAGUAUAUUUUGUGUUUUCUAGUUUAUUUUCAUGUUGCUUUCCUGUGUUAUUUCUAUGAACUUUAUUAAUGUUUUAAACCUCUUUUAUAAAAUUCAAUGACAACUAGUAGAAUUCUCUUCUUUGCAGAAUUUAACUUAUCUCCAAAGUGGCUGAAACUAUUGUUCAUCAUUACAUGAUUAUCAAAUGACUGUGAAGAAUAUAAAUUAAACUAAGUGACUUAAUUGGUCACUGCCUUGCUAACUGUGCUGUAAUUUUUUUAAACGUCUUGUUUUUAAUAUAGCAGACUAUCUCGACACUGGCUGGUUUAGGUUAAAUAAAGAAUUUUUAUGUUC